AUGUCGACACCAACGUCCUUUUCGUCGUCUCCCGCUGCGACGCCGUCGCCAGCUCCUACAUUAGCAGGCUCUUCGCUGUCAAGUACAUCUGCUCAAUAUUCCCAUCCUCCAGAUGAGUUUGUCCAGGACGGCAUCACAUACGUGAGGCGCGGGAGAAUCGCAAGCAAGGGGUACCGACUGGGCUCGUCACAUAUCUGGAAGUAUGGCCUCCAGUAUGUUCGAGGUAGUGAUAAAAAAGAAGUGUAUUACUGCCACGAGUGUGUGGUCGGCAAGCACGAGCAAGAAUUGUUUGUCAUCAACGGCACUACGAGAGUCAGGAGUCAUCUUGAGCAAAAGCAUCAGAUUGACUCCUUCACUGGCAUGAAGAAAAGCUGCGCACAGAAAUCGGUUUUUGAUCAGCAAAAGGAUGGAGCUGCUUCCAAUGUCUUCUUCUGGAAGGACUCGAUUGACAAGUUCAAAGAGUUGCUCAUCCGCUGGAUUGUAUGCUGCCACAUCGCCUUCUUUCAACUGGAAAAUCAGUAUUUCCGGGAGCUUCUCUUCUUUCUGAAUCCCGCGUUGAUGAAACACCUGCCCAAGGCAGCGCGGACGAUUCGAAGCUGGGUAAUGAAUGCUUUUGUGUCAAAGAAGCAGCAACUUAUGGAGGAGCUCCGCCAAGCGCGCAGCAGAAUCUCUAUAUCUUUUGAUCUCUGGACCUCACCUAAUGCUUAUGCUGUUCUUGGUGUCGUAGCAAUGUGGAUUGACGCCACUGGUAGGCGACGAUCUACUGUGCUAGGCAUGCGGCGUGUCUAUGGCGAACACAGCGGCGAGGCGAUCGGAUCCAUCAUUCUUGAGUUAUUUAAAGAAUACGACGUUGGCGGGGAGUUGGUUGGGUACUUCAUGCUAGAUAACGCAUCAUCAAACGACGCCGCCGUGGAGUUCAUUCUCAAGGACCUUUGCCCGUGGAUGAGCCCUAGGGAGCGUCGCCAUCGGCGGCUUCGCUGUUUAGGCCACGUCAUCAAUCUCUGUUGCCAGGCGUUUCUCAUGGGCCGAAACUGUGAGAAAUAUCUCGCAAAGCUGGAGAAGCAUCAUCUGCGCGGUGAUUAUGCAAAGGUGGAGGAGCUGUGGAAAAAGUUUGGGUGUUUAGGUCGCCUCCACAACCUGUCGUGA